AUGAAGAAGAGAGUGGCCAUCGUUGGAGCUGGCGUCAGUGGCCUGGCCUCCAUCAGGAGCUGUCUGGAGGAGGGGCUGGAGCCCACCUGCUUUGAGAGGAGUGAUGACAUUGGGGGCCUGUGGAAAUUCUCAGAACAUACAGAAGAGGGCAGGGCUAGUAUUUACCGAUCAGUCUUCACCAACUCUUCCAAAGAAAUGAUGUGUUUUCCAGACUUUCCCUAUCCUGAUGACUUCCCCAACUUUAUGCAUAACAGCAAGCUCCAAGAAUACAUCACUUCAUUUGCCAAAGAAAAGAACCUUGUAAAAUACAUACAAUUUGAGACAUUUGUAACCAGUAUAAAUAAAUAUCCUGAUUUCUCAAUUACUGGCAAAUGGGAAGUUACCACUGAAAAGAAUGGUAAAAAAGAAACAGCUGUCUUUGAUGCUGUAAUGAUUUGUUCUGGGCAUCAUGUAUAUCCCCAUCUACCCAAAGACUCCUUUCCAGGACUGAACCGUUUUAAAGGCAAAUGCUUCCACAGUAGGGACUACAAGGAACCAGAGAUAUGGAGGGGAAAACGAAUACUGGUGAUUGGUCUGGGGAACUCGGGCUGUGACAUUGCUGCAGAACUCAGCCACAUAGCUCAACAGGUCAUCAUCAGCUCCAGAAGUGGAUCUUGGGUGAUGAGCCGGGUCUGGAAUGAUGGAUACCCUUGGGACAUGAUGGUGAUCACUCGAUUUCAAACUUUCCUCAAGAACAACUUACCCACAACCAUCUCUGAUUGGUGGUACAUGAGGCAGAUGAACGCAAGAUUCAAGCACGAAAACUAUGGCUUGAUGCCUUUAAAUGGAACCCUCAGGAAAGAGCCGGUGUUCAAUGAUGAGCUCCCAGCCCGCAUCCUAUGUGGCACUGUGUCCAUCAAGCCUAAUGUGAAGGAGUUCACAGAGACCUCUGCUAUAUUUGAAGAUGGGACUGUGUUUGAGGCCAUUGACUGUGUCAUCUUUGCAACAGGCUAUGGUUAUGCCUACCCCUUCCUGGAUGACUCCAUCAUCAAAAGCAGAAAUAACGAGGUCACUUUGUACAAAGGCAUCUUCCCUCCUCAACUGGAGAAACCAACCAUGGCAGUGAUUGGCCUUGUCCAGUCCCUAGGUGCUGCCAUCCCCACAACUGACCUGCAGGCACGCUGGGCUACACAAGUAAUAAAGGGAACUUGCAUUUUGCCUUCUGUAAAAGACAUGAUGGAUGAUAUUGAUGAGAAAAUGGGGAGAAAACUCAAAUUGUUUGGCAGCAGCGAGACCAUCCAGACGGAUUACAUUGUCUACAUGGAUGAACUGGCCUCCUUUAUUGGAGCAAAGCCCAAUAUCCUACAGCUGUUUCUCAAGGAUCCCAGGUUGGCCAUAGAAGUGUUCUUUGGCCCUUGCAGCCCCUACCAGUUCCGGUUGGUAGGCCCAGGGAAGUGGUCAGGAGCCAGGAAUGCCAUCCUAACCCAGUGGGACCGAUCACUGAAGCCUAUGAAGACUCGUGUCAUUGGUGUUCAGAAACCUUGCUUAUACUUCCGUUUGCUCAGGCUCCUCGGUGUUCCUAUUCUUCUCAUUGCUCUCUUCUUUGUAUUGAUCUGA